CACGUAUCAUGCCAUAACAGGCUGUUUGCGGUGACUGCGGAAGGGCACGGGCUCUGGAACACCCCACAGAAUUGCCCCCUAGACUUACAGGCCAAGUAGGUACACAUUAUUAGACAGGAAUAUCACAACCCAAAUGGCUAAUGCGCUCUGCAGCAGAGCCAGGCUGGUCACCUACCUCCCGGGGUUUUGUUCUCUCAUCAGAAGGGUUCAAAUUCCCAGAGCCUUUUCUACUGCUGGAUCCUCGGGCUCUGAUGAGCCUUAUGUAGCUGCUACACCUCCUGAUAUACUUCCUAGAACAGUAUGGCCCGAUGAGACUAUGGGACCAUUCGGACCUCAAGACCAGCGCUUUCAACUUCCUGGAAAUGUGGGGUUUGAAGCCCAUGUGAAUGGAAUAGGCACCCAAACAAAAACUCCAGUUCAGAAAAAUCUACCUGAUCUUCUGUCUGAGCCUGCACCCAGUGAAAGGCACGAAUUUGUAAUGGCACAAUUUGUGAAUGAGUUCCAGGGUAAUGAAGCUGCUCCCCUACAACAACAAAUAAACAACGUGGAAACUUAUUUUGAACAUGCAAAAGUAGAAUGUGCCAUACAGACCUGUCCAGAGCUGUUGAAAAAAGAUUUUGUAUCAAUGUUUCCGGAGACCCCUGGCAAUAAUCUUAUGGUGCUGACUGUAACACAGAAAACAGAGAAUGACAUGACCACCUGGAGCGAAGAGGUCGAAACCGAGAGAGAGAUGUUACUGGAAAAGUUCAUUAAUGGUGCCAAAGAAAUUUGCUAUGCCCUGAGGGCAGAAGGCUACUGGGCAGACUUUAUAGACCCAUCGUCGGGACUUGCGUACUUUGGGCCUUACACAAACAACACACUCUUCGAAACGGAUGAACGUUAUCGUCAUUUGGGAUUCCGAGUUGAGGACCUGGGGUGCUGUAAAGUUAUUCGCCACCACGUCUGGGGCACCCAUGCUGUUGUGGGAAGUAUCUUUACCAACGCUCCUACAGAUAGUCCUAUAAUGAAGAAAUUGGGAGAAAAUUAAAAUCCUCCGCAUUCGGCGGCAUCCGUUUUGACUUCUCUCCAUACUUGAUAAUGUAACUUCUUGGCUUCUAGAGAAGGACACGGAAAAUAUGAAAAAGAACAGAAACACAAAUUGCGCAAUUAAUUGUGUGAAGAUUAUAGAAGCUGCUCUUAUUUAUUUAAAAACAAAAAAAACACACAAUAAUC